AUUAAAUUGAUAAAAUGGGAUAAUUACACAAAUGAUUGACUAAAGUGAGUUAAAUAGUUAAAAAGGACUUCUUGUUAAAUAUGAGGACUUAAUUGGACCUUUUGAAAGUAUAUGGGGCCAAUUUUGACACUUUCAAAACCAUACGAGGGCUAAAAUUCAUUUCACCAUAUUUCCCUCGAGUCCUGAAGAACUCCAAUUUACACCUUUUUGCCUCGUCGGGAAUCAGUCACUGUCGCCGGAAAACAUGUCUGUUGCAUCUUUUCGCCGGGAAACUGCUCCUCUACUACUAACAUUAGUUUUCCGCCGGUAACUAUUGAAAUAAAUGAUUAAUGAUGGAGCUCGUAUGGUGUAUUUGCUAUGAAAGCAAAAACGAUAUGCUUCCUUGUUCGAGUUUUUUCCGGCAGAUGGUUAAGUUUGAAGUGAAAUUUACAGUUUAUUCGAUGACAGUGGUAAUUGAUGAAUUGUGUAAAAUGGGGGAGUUUCAUAAGGCAAGAAAAUUCAUGGAUGAUAAAUUUGUGAAACCAAAUAGUUGCAGUUAUAAAAAACUAUUAAAUACAUGUAUAAAGAAACCAGAUUUUUUGAUUGUGAAGGUGAUUUUGAGGACAAUGGAGAAGGAAGGAUGGGAUUUCGACCCGAAAAGUUAUACACUUCUGAUUAAACGUUAUUCAAAUUUUGGAGAAUUUGGAGAAAUGAAGAGAUUAUUUAUGGAAAUUGAAGAGAAGGGUGUAAAGCCAGAUGUUUAUUUAUACACAUCUAUGAUUAGUGGUUAUUGUAAAUUAGGUAAUGUUAGGAAGGCAUAUCAAGUGUUCGACGAAAUGACUAAGAGAGGACUUGUUCCUGAUGGUCAUACGUAUGGGGCUUUGAUAAAUGGGUUGUGUAAGGCUGGACUAAUGCAAGAAGCUGAAGUUCUGGUUAAUGAGAUGCAAAGCAAGGGAAUUUGGAUUAAUCGAGCUAUAUUUAAUACGAUGAUGGAUGGUUAUUGUAAGCAGGGUAAUGUGGAUGAAGCGUUGAGGUUACAGAGAAUUAUGGAGGAUGAAGGACAUGAGCCUGAUGCAAAUGCUUACAAUAUUAUUGCUACUGGCCUGCGUAAGCUAGAUUUGCAUGACGUGGCGAGGAGGUUGUUGCUGUCGAUGGUGGAUCGAGGUGUAGCUCCAAAUGUAUUGGCUUAUACGUCUUUGAUUGAUAUUUACUGCAAGCAGGGAGAUUUUGUUCAAGCGAAAAGGACACUUAGAGAGAUGGAAACUAAGGGAAUUAAGCCUAGCACGGGAACGUACAAUGCCCUGGUAGAUGGUUAUUUCAAGCAUGGAUGUUUUAUUGACGCAAAAAGGGCACUUAUUGCGAUGGAAACUAAAGGAGUUAAGCCUAACACGACAACAUAUACUGCGUUGAUAGAUGGUUAUUGCAAGCAAGGAGAUUUUGUUAAAGCUAAAAAGGCGUUUAUUGAGAUGGAGAAUAACGGAGUUAAGCCUAACACCAAUACAUACACUGCACUGAUAGAUGGUUAUUGCCAGAAAGGUAUGAUGAAUGAAGCUUAUAAGCUAAGAAUUCUGAUGGAAUCUAAGGACUUGAUAGCUAACGUCUAUACAUACACCUCACUUGUACAUGGGGAAUGCAAAUUAGGAAAGGUAGAUGAUGCUCUGAAGCUUUUGAAUGAGAUGCCUACAAAGGGUUUAGUUCCGAAUGUUGUGACUUACACAGCAUUGAUUUCUGGCUUAUCAAAAGAAGGCAGAUCAGGUGAAGCCCUCCGAUUAUACAAUCAGAUGAUAGAGGCAGGCGUAGUACCCGAUGCUGCUGCAUACUCUGCACUUAGUCUCGCCGGGAACUCGCCGAAGCUCGCCGGAAAACAAGGUAUCUCCAGCUCGCCGGGAAAAAGGAUAUCUCUAGCUCGAAGGAAAACAGGGUAUGUUCAGUUGCGUUUUGUUCUUCACAUGUCGACUCAAAAGUUCUACCAACCGAUAAAACAACGUUUCCCCAAUAGACCCAUUAAAGAAAUUGCCAAACUAAUCUCCCUCUUCCCCCCUUCCCCUUCUUCUUGCUCAAAUUUCUUCAAUUUCAAGAAAAGUCCCAAUCUUGAAACCCAUUUAGCCGUAGUUGUAGACUUAUUAAAGUCCAAGGAGUUUGCUGAAGCCGAGAAUAUAUUGAAUGCUGUUGUUGUUACUGAUGGUCUGAGGAAACCAGUUUCAAAAAUAGCUUCUUUGUUGAGUGAGAAUCAUGUAAAGUGUAAGGUUAUAGGGAAGAUGUUUAAUAUGUUAUUUAGUGUUUAUGUUAAUAACAUGAGGUUUAAUGAAGCUCUACAAGUUUUUGAUUAUAUGAAAAAAGGGCGCUUUAGAAUUGAUGAUAGAGCUUGUAUGGUUUACUUGCUUGCUAUGAAAAGGCAAAGGCAGUAUGACUCGUUGUUCGAGUUUUUCCAUAAGAUGAUUGAGUUUAAUGUGAAAAUUACAGUUUAUUCGAUGACGGUGGUAGUUGAUGGAUUGUGUAAAAUGGGGGAGGUUUGUGAGGCUAGAAAGCUCGUGGAUGAAAUGGCUAGUACUGGGGUGAAACAAAGUGAUUAUACUUAUAACAUAUUGUUACAAGCAUAUAUGAAGAUGCAAGAUUUUGUGGCUGUAAAGGAAAUUUUGAGGAAAAUGGAGAAGGAUGGUUUUGAUCUCAAUCUGACUAGUUAUACACUUCUGAUUAAAGGAUAUUCAACUUUUGGCGAUCUUGUAGAGGUUGAGAGGUUAUUUAAGGAAAUAGAAGAGAAGGGUAUAGAGCCAAAUGUUCAUUUAUUCACCUCCAUGAUUAGUGGUUACAGUAAGUUAGGUAAUGUUAUGAAGGCAUUUUCAACGUUCGUUGAAAUGGUGGAGAGAGACCUCAUUCCUGAUGGUCACACAUAUGGAGCUUUGAUAAAUGGCUUCUGCAAGGCUGGACUAAUGCAAGGAGCUGAAGUUUUACUAAAUGAGAUGCAAGGAAAGGGAAUUAGUGUAGACCGGGUCAUAUUUAAUACGAUGAUGGAUGGUUACUGUAAGCAGGGUAAUGUGGAUGAAGCACUGAGGCUACAGACAAUUAUGGAGGGUGAAGGACAUCAGCCUGAUGCAAAUGCUUACAAUAUAAUUGCUACGGGCCUGCGUAAGCUAGAAUUGUAUGAUGAAGCAAAAAGUUUGUUGCUCUCGAUGGUGGAUCGAGGUGUAGCUCCAGAUACAAUUAGUUAUACAACUUUGAUCGAUAUUUAUUGCAAGCAGGGAAAUUUUGUGGAAGCAAAAAGGGCACUUAUUGAGAUGGAAACUAAGGGAAUUAAGCCUAACACGGCAACAUACACUACACUGGUAGAUGGUUAUUGCAAGCUAGGAAAAAUUGUUGACGCGAAAAGGAUACUUAGGGUGAUGGAAACUGCUGGAGUUAAGCCUAACACAACAACAAACAGUGUCUGUGCCCUGAUAGAUGGUUACUGCAAGCAGGGAAAUUUCAUUGAAGCAAAAACGGUAUUUAGUGAGAUUGGAACUAAGGGAGUUAAGCCUAACACAGUAACGUACACUGCCCUGAUAGAUGGUUAUUGUAAGGUGCGAAAUCCUGCUAAAGCUGAAAAGGUACUUGUUGAGAUGGAAACUAAGGGAGUUAAGCCUACCACGGUAACGUACACUGCCCUGAUAGAUGGUUGUUGCAAGGUGGGAAAUAUUGCUAAAGCAAUAAAGGUACUUAUUGAGAUGGAAACUAAGGGAGUGAAGCCUAACACGGUAACGUACACUGCCCUGAUAGAUGGUUGUUGCAAGGUGGGAAAUAUUGCUAAAAAAUACACCUCACUUGUACAUAGGGAAUGCAAAUCAGGAAAGGUAGAUGAUGCUCUGAAGCUUUUCAACGAGAUGCCUACAAAGGGUUUAGUUCCGAAUGUUGUGACUUACACAGCAGUGAUUUCUGGCUUAUCAAAAGAAGGCAGAUCAGGUGAAGCCCUCCGAUUAUACAAUCAGAUGAUAGAGGCAGGCGUAAUACCCGAUGCUGCUGCAUACUCUGCACUUAGAAAAAAGUAGAUGCUGCUUUGAAGCUUUCGAUCGAGAUUCUUACAAAGGGUUUAGUUCCAGAUCGGACUUGGUGACUUACACAAUGAUGAUUUCUGGCCUAUCAAAAGAGUAUAUAAUCAGAUGAUAGAGGCAGGCCUAA